CGCAGUCAUGCUGAGAGACUCAGCGAAGUCGGUGGACACACGUCGCGUAUAUCGAAGUACCAAAAAAAAAUCGUCGUUUAUUGAACCGAUGUCGUCCAAGAGGAAGUAUCGAGCUGGUGUUCUCAAGGAAACUUUAUAACGACGCGCCAUCACCUGUGAUAUAUGUUAUAUGAGGAUAUUGAUAUUAUAUUUUUGAUUAGAUUGCGUUCUGUGAAGUGAUUUUUUCGUGUUAUAUGAUACUUAGUACAUGUGCUAUAUUUAAAGUAAAUCUUUCGCUGGACUGGAUUUUAUUUUGUAAGAGGUCCGAUCAGAUAGGAGGAUGUGAGAGGACAUUUAUUUAAGUUAAACAGAAAUAUUAACAUAGCGAGGUCUCCGCGACCGACAGUUUUAUUGACGAAUAAUUAGCGGGUUUAUCCCGCUGCGUGGAUGGUGGCGGGCGAAUGGGGCUAUGCGCCGGUGCCGGCCACCCCCGCCAUGAAUGCUUUCCUCGAGACCAACCACGCACACCUCGCCUCCUAUGGACUGAAGAUGUCUCCGCAGCCGGGCUGCGGCGUCGGCCCUCAGCACCGGGCGGCGGCACCACAUCCACCACCUCAUCAUCCGCCUCAUUACCAACCAUACCCUCUACACUCCUACCAACCCGGCUACCUCAGAGAAUACAGCGGCUGCGGCGAGCUAUUUCCUCAACAGCCGCUGGAGCAGAGCUGGGACUGGCGAGGAGAUGUUCACUAUCAGAGCGGUGCUCCGCCCCUGGUUCCACAUUCUCACCCUCACGCUCCUCAUGCCUUCCUGCGAUACGUUCGAGCUCCACCACGACGAGACAUGCGGUGUCAAUGGCUAGAUCCCGAGCAGCCACCACCUAGGAAAUUAUGCAACAAGCUGUUCUCAAGUAUGCAUGAGAUUGUGACGCAUUUAACUGUAGAGCACGUGGGUGGACCUGAGUGUACGACACAUGCCUGCUUCUGGCAAGGAUGCUCCAGGAAUGGGAGGCCGUUUAAGGCGAAGUACAAGCUAGUGAAUCAUAUCCGCGUCCACACCGGCGAGAAGCCGUUCCCUUGUCCUUUCCCCGGCUGCGGUAAAGUGUUUGCAAGAUCGGAAAAUCUGAAGAUACACAAGAGAACGCAUACAGGUGAGAAACCGUUUAAAUGUGAAUACGCUGGCUGUGACCGUCGGUUUGCCAACUCCUCGGACAGGAAGAAACACUCGCACGUCCACACAUCCGACAAACCUUAUAACUGUCGGGUCCACGGAUGCGACAAGUCUUACACCCACCCGUCCUCACUUCGGAAACAUAUGAAGGUGCACGGCGCUGCUGGUGACGCCUCCCCACGGUAUGAUAGUGACGGAGAUGAUUCGUCUUCCGCGGGUAGCGUUAGCGUCACCGCGGGAGCAGCGAGCCCCCCCACAUCCAUACCGCCCCCUCCACCGCCAGUACCUCAACACCACCCCUCCCAGCACCAUCCCACUAUAACAGACAAGCUGGAGAGUCUAAACGAUAAGUACCUUAACCCUCACGACCAGAAAUCGUACGAACGAGCCCCAGCGCCUCAUCAUAACCAAACUCAUCUAACUAACAUUGGCGGGAACGGCAUGAUGGAAAAUAAACUCGGUUUCGGAGGACAUUGGAGUCAAUUCCAGCAACCGGCGCCGUCAGUGCCACAUGGGGUGCCAGAGUGGUGGUGUCCGUCACAGGAGUCCUACCACCACCACCAUUUGAUGCAUCAUUCGGGCGCCGCAGCCGCCUAUUGACCGCACCGCGCUUAGGGAACUCUUCAUUCGACGACAAUCAACAAAUUGUCCACAUCGCUGAAGCUUACAGCUUAGAGCUAUUGAGAAAAAAUAUAUUUUUUAUUACAAACGUGGAAUGAAGAGUUCGCUAAAGCGCUUUGAUGUGUUGCUUAUGAGGAUACGUUACGCUUAAAAACAAAUUAGUUGUUAGUAUGAUAUGAAGAUUGAAGGAUAUAAACAUUACAGUACGCCAGAUUUAUAGCCGUCCGAUGUUUCAUAUUUAUUAAAUGAUACUGAGUGUAAGUAAAGAAUUAAAUCUCAAUAUAAUAGGAACGAUGUAUUCAUAACAAAAGCGAGGGAUCCGCUUUUCAAUUAAAACAACAGAGUUGUAAACGUUGACCGCUGCUGUCGAAAAAUUUACAACUGUUCGUGUGUUUUUAUGUAAACACAUUUGGUGUGAAGAAGUGUCUUAUUAUAAUUGUCAUGGUAUUUCUUCCUAGUAUUGUUUGCAGAAACUUUUGUGUAAUGAAUCGUAAGCUAUACUGCUGUAUGGCAUUUUGUCCACCGUUCUAUUGACAAUGAUUUAUAAGUACCUUUAUAGUAAGUUUUCGUAAGCUUUACUGUCAACAAGCGAUGCUUAUUUUAAAAUUAAAUAGCUAUACUAGUAUUCUGCUCCGUAAUUUCUUUUGUUUGGAUGACAAAGUUAUUUUGUAUUUGUAUAUUUUUCAAUCAAUAGAUUUCACUUCCUGUUUUUCUAUCAGUGUACUGGAUGAAUAUUUUUUAAGUUGAAAUCAGUUUAUGGCCAAAGUAAGGAAGUCCAAUUUAGUACGAUUUAUAGUUUGUACAGUUAUUGUAUAUUAAUAGUUUUUAACAUUUAGUUUAAUAUGUGUAAAGAUAUUUUAAGGAAUACCCAGUGAUAAUAGAAAUAAGGGAUUGAUUUAUUGUAAAUUUAAUAUCUUUGUCGUUUCUAACAAAUCGUGCUAUGUAUUUCAGAAUUAUAUGUCUAUAUACAAUUUUAUAUUGAAAAUUACAAUUUAAAAUAUUUUUUCACAAUCUCCAUACAACUAGAUAGAUGAAUUGUAUUGUGUAUAACUAAACGACUGAAUGUUAACAAUGUAUUUUAAGUUACUUUAAGAGAUCUGUUGAUUGUAUUUUCUACGGCCAUGUAAAUAGCAAAGAUUAAUUAAAAACGUAUUUCAAUUCAAAGCAAGUUUUAAAUUAAUAUAAAAUUUACCAUCAAUAUAAUAUUGGAAUGAUUCGCUAUAUUUUUUUAUAACCAAGCAUGUGUUCUAAAUACAGAAUAUAUAAUUGUG